AUGAGUGUUCGUGCAGUAGGAUUGCUUUUCUUUGUGUCUAUCCAGUCACGUGCGAUUUGUGCUGACCUAGGAGCCGAGCCGCAUUCCUCCUGGACUGGGCCUAACGCGUCACCCUCACUCCCAGCCAAUCCAUGCCACAUCCUCAGCCCUACAUGUUGCAUCAACCCGUCUAACGGUCUCGUUAUCCCCAAACCUCCACAAAUGGCAGACUUCGCGCCCUACCAAGACGUCCCCGAAACCCAACGCGCACUCUCUCCACCUCUACCCAGCAACUCUCCGCGACCCUCACCACGCGCUUCCCUCGACCGCACCCGAAAUAUAGGUACCGCGGCAGUGACCUCGCCCCAUAGCCAGACCUUCCCCCAGCGUGAAUAUUUUGGGAAUCAGCAGGAGCCAGAGCGGGUAGCUUGGAAUGCAGUGCCUGGCGGGUUUGGCGGAGGAAGAGAAGAUGUGGAUAUGUUUGAGACCAGGUUGGGAUUGAGGAUGGACUACGAGGCUUGUCUGGCAUACCUAUUGUUGCCUCCUGCGGGAGGAGUCUUGUUGCUGGUGUUAGAGCAUCGGAGUGACUAUGUGCGGUUCCAUGCAUGGCAAUCCAGCCUGUUGUUCGCCUUCGUCUUCGUUGUCCAUAUCAUCUUCUCCUGGUCAAGCAUAAUAUCUUGGCUUCUGUUCAUCGGCGACCUUGGCCUGAUUGGGUUUCUGACUUGGCAUGCGUAUAAAGAUGCCGAAACCCUUGACAGGUACGAAGUCCCCUUCUUCGGUCCUCUAGCUAGCUCUAUUCUAGACGACGAGUAGGGGACUUCAAUAUUCUCACCUGCGCCCAGGGGUGACACACUCUCUUUCGCGAUACGCGUAAAUCCACAACUCGCAGCGGGUGCUUGAUACCCCAGGAGAGCUGAUCAGAACGAGGCAGCGAGGAUCCUGACUUUUGAGGACCCUGAUUUCAAGGUUCCUCUUCAUGAAGCCGUUUGUCUGCGGUUCAUGGCGUUCAGGGUGGGUUGCAUGUUAAGGCGUCAAAUGAGAUUUCAGCAUGUAUUUCAUAGUCCGUCUUAAGGGGAGGAUGGCAUUGGCUUUUCUCCUCUGCGAGCGCUAUCUAGGUUGUGACUAUUUGUAAU